UGCACUGAGAACCUCAAUUGAUACCUUACACAUUCACUCACGACUUAAUACAUACACAAUGGCCACCACGUUCAAGCUCAACACCGGGGCAGAGAUCCCUGCUGUCGGGUUCGGUACCUGGCAGGAUGCCGACGCUCAGGAGAAUGCCGUUCUCGAAGCCAUCAAGGCCGGCUACCGUCACAUCGAUACCGCCCGAGUAUACGGCACCGAGAAGGCCGUCGGCCAAGCCAUCAAGAAGAGCGGCGUCCCCCGCGAAGAGCUCUUCGUCACCACUAAGCUCUGGAACAACAAGCAUCACCCCGACGAUGUGCCCCAGGCGCUUCAAGACUCGCUCAACGACCUGCAGCUCGACUACAUUGACCUCUUCUUGAUCCAUUGGCCCGUUGCGUGGAAGCGAGGCGAUGAGCUGUUCCCCAAGGAGAACGACAAGCCCGUUGUGGAAGACAUUGACUACGUCGACACAUACAAAGCUAUGGAGAAGCUUCUAUCCACCGGCAAGGUCAAGGCGAUCGGAGUCUCCAACUUCUCCAAGGCCGAGAUGGAGCGCCUGCUCAAGGAAACCUCCGUCGUGCCCGCCGCCCACCAGCUCGAAAGUCACCCCUGGCUGCAGCAGCCCGACUUCGCCGAAUGGCACAAGUCCAAGGGCAUCCACAUCACCCACUACUCGCCCUUCGGUAACCAGAACGAGCUCUACUCCAAGGAGGGUACCAUCGGCAAGUUGAUUGAGGACCCCGUCUUGGUGGACAUUGGCAAGAAGUACAACAAGAGUGGCGCUCAGGUCGCACUGGCCUGGGGUAUCACACAGGGUCACUCCGUCCUCCCCAAGUCCAAGACCCCAUCCCGAAUCCAGGCGAACCUGGAGGGUGACUUCAAGCUGAGCGACGAAGACAUGCAGAAGAUCAGAGGCAUCGACCGCAAGCUCCGCUUCAACGACAGCAGCGCCGACUUCGGGAAAGAUUUCUUCACCGACUUGGAUGGCAAGAAAUAAAUUUUCUUCCCCUUUGCCUUUCCCCCCCUCCGAAAUUCCACGAGCGUUCAAUUGAACGCAUGUGACAACAUCACGCCCUGACCCAAAACAAAGAUGGGCGCAUGCUACGUAAUCUAAUGUUAUGGAUAUG